GAAUGACUCAGAGAAACAGCUCCUCGGUGACUGAGUUUAUCCUUGUGGGAUUAUCAGAACAAUCAGAGGUCCAGCUCCCCCUCUUCCUUCUAUUCUUAGGGAUCUAUGUGUUCACCGUGGUGGGAAACUUGGGCUUGAUCACCCUAAUUGGGCUGAAUUCUAGUCUUCACACCCCAAUGUACUUUUUUGUCUUCAACUUGUCCUUUAUAGAUCUCUGUUAUUCCUGUGUCUUUACUCCAAAAAUGUUGAAUGAUUUUGUGUCAGAAAAUAUCAUCUCUUAUGUGGGAGGCAUGACUCAACUAUUUUUCUUCUGCUUCUUUGUCAACUCUGAGUGCUAUGUGUUAGUCUCAAUGGCCUAUGAUUGCUACGUGGCCAUCUGUAACCCUUUUCUGUACAUUGUCACCAUGUCCCCUCAAGUCUGUUCUCUGCUGAUGUUUGGUUCAUACGUGAUUGGUUUUGCUGGGGCCAUGGCCCACACUGGAAGCAUGCUGAGACUCACCUUCUAUGAUUCUAACGUUAUCAACCAUUAUCUGUGUGAAGUUCUCCCUCUCUUGCAGCUCUCCUGCACCAGCACCCAUGUCAAUGCGCUGGCGUUUUUUAUUGUUGGUGGAGUUGUCAUCACAAUAUCCAGUGUCGGCAUUUUCAUCUCUUAUGCUUUGAUUCUCUCCAACAUCCUAUGUAUUCCCUCUGCUGAGGGCAGAUCCGAAGCCUUUAUCACAUGUGGCUCCCACAUAAUUGCUGUUGCUCUGUUUUUUGGGUCAGGGGCAUUCACCUAUUUAACAACUUAUUUUCCUAGAUCUAUGGACCAGGGUAGAUUUGCCUCAGUCUUCUACACCAAUGUAGUUCCCAUGCUUAAUCCUUUGAUCUACAGUUUGAGGAAUAAAGAUGUUAAGCUUGCCCUUGGCAAAACUCUGAAGAGAGUGCUCUUUUAAUGUGUCUCUUCAU